AUGCCAACAUUAGAAGAAAAAAAAAUUGACAAAAGUGUGCUGUCAUUUUUCUGUCCCAAAUUAAUCACUGUUGAUUUUCUAAAACAAAAGCUAUUUAACAAUAUUAGUAAUUAUGUUUCGAGCAAAUAAUUUUGAUAAGUUGCUCGACAAAGCCACAAGUAAUCUACGUUUGGAUCCAGACUGGCCAACUAUCCUACAAAUAUGUGAUUUGAUUCGGCAAAAUGAUUGCACGCCAAAAUACGCAGUUGCCGCCAUCAAGAAGAAGUUGUACUCUCAGAACCCGCAUCAGGCCAUGUUUGCACUGCUCACCCUUGAGAGUGUUGUAAAAAACUGUGGCUCCGGCAUGCAUGAUGAGGUGGCUUCAAAGGCGUUCUGUGAAAUGCUGAGGGACCUGGUAAAGACCACCCAACAUGAGAACCUUCGUACCAAGAUCCUGGAACUGAUACAGGCAUGGGGAUUCGCUUUCCGGAACAAUCCAAAAUAUAGAGCAGUACAGGACACGGUGAAUAUUCUCAAAGCCGAAGGAUACAAGUUUCCACCGCUAAAGGAGUCAGACGCCAUGUUCUCUGCUGACACUGCCCCGGAGUGGGCUGACGGUGAAGUGUGCCAUAGAUGCCGAGUUGCCUUCUCUCUGAUGGUCCGUCGGCACCACUGCAGAGCCUGCGGCCAGGUGUUCUGUCAGCAGUGCAGUUCAAAGAGUUCCACCUUGCCCAAGUUCGGCAUUGAGAAAGAGGUUCGGGUUUGUGACGCUUGCUAUGACAAGGUGAGCCGCCCACCGACCUCAACAGCGAAGCUGGAGAUAGUCGACACCUCCAGUGACUACGGCCCUGCUGCAGCACAGCCACAGAAACGUCCCGGCAAAUCCGAGCAGGACCUGCAAGAAGAAGAAGAACUACAGCUAGCGCUCGCGCUCAGCCAAUCAGAGGCCGAGCAGAAAGAGAAGGAACGCACGCGCUCCCGCUCGCACAUCAUCGCGCCGGACCCUGUGACGCACCCAACCGUAUCGCCAACCCCUUCAUCCGUGAGCGCGUCCCCAGAGCACGCGAACCAGUCCAACUCUGAACUUUCCCGCUACCUGGACCGCAACUAUUGGGAGCAACGGAUCUCCAGCCAGAGCGCGCCCACCGCGCCCAUCUCUCACACCACCAGCGACACCUCCGAGGAAUAUGUUAAGCCAGCCACAAGCAAGGCGCAAGAGGACGACAACGAGGAUAAAGAAAUUGACGAGUUCGUAGAAAAACUUAAGUCUCAAGUCGAGAUUUUUGUUAACCGAAUGAAGAGCAACUCUUCCCGAGGCCGAUCUAUCGCGAACGACACAUCCGUACAGUCCCUGUUCAUGAACAUAACCGCGAUGCACUCCCAGCUACUGCGCUACAUACAACAGCAGGACGAUAAAAGAGUGUAUCUGGAAAGCCUUCAGGACAAAAUAAACCAGAUCCGCGACAGCCGCGCGGCGCUCGACACGCUCCGCGCCGAGCAUGCGGCACGUUUAGCCGCGCAGGCCGAGGCCGCCGAGCGACAGAGACAGAUGCAAAUGGCUGCCAAGCUGCAGGCCAUGCGCAAGAAGAAACACGAGUAUCUGCAGUACCAGCGCCAGCUCGCGCUACAGAGGGUGCAGGAACAAGAGAGAGAGAUGCAAAUGAGACAGGAACAACAGAAACACCAAUACAUGAUGGCAUCAAGCACCGGUUACUACAUGCCAGGAGUCACCAUGCAGCAGUACCAGCCUGGCUUCCCCAACCAGCCCAUCUACGCCAACCCACAGUUCCACCAGAUGAUCCCGCAGACCACAGACGGUACUAUCCCUCCAACCGUACAACCUCAGAUAUCCCAAGCCAUGGCUCUCAACGCCAACCAAAUUGCAGCAAUGUCACAAUCCAUGCCUCAACUUAGCAACGCCUUCGCCAUGCCCACAUCAGCCAUGACCAUGAGCCAAGCCCCAAUGACUUCCCCAUCCAUGAACCCACUCAACAUCCGACCAAACAUGACCCCGCAGCAAAUCCAGCAAAUGAUGAUGCAUCAGCAUCAGAUGAGAAUGGCCCAACCCGGGCAGAGUGUCCCACAAAUGUUCCCAGGACAAAAUGUACAGCAAAAUGGACAGGCUCAACAGCCUAAGAACCAACCACCAACAUCUAUGAUGGCUUCUAUGUCCCUCGGACAACCUAAUCAGCCUCAGCUAACACAAGCUAACCCGAUGCUCGGAAUGCAAAUGUCAAACAUGAGAAUGCCCAUAAUGCAAGGCCAAAACCCACAGUUUCCGAUGAACCAACCAAAUAGUCAAUCUCAACAUAUGCAGCAACCUCAAUUGCCAGGGCAACCCAUGUCGUUACCAGGACAGCAAGCACAAAACCAAAGUAUGCCGCAACCUAAUAAUAAUCAGAAUAUACAGCAAAUACCACAAAACAUGCAGCAACCCAUGUCAAUGCCAGGGCAACCUAUGCCUGGUCAACAAAUGAACAUUCAAGGUCAGCAACCACAGAGCCUUCCUCAACAGGCAAUGAUGAAUGCAGGACAAACGCCCAUCCACAUGGGCCAGUUAGGACAACAAAAUCCGCAGAUGAUGCAACACAUGAGUCAAAUUCCUCAACAGAUGUCUCAAGGGCAACAAAUGCCUCCAAAUCCGACGAUGCCUCAAAAUCCGACAAUGCCUCAAAACCCGGCCAUGCAAAUGGCGCCCGGUCAGCAAAUGCCAAACAACCAAGGCCAACCAGUCAAAAUACCGUCACAAAACUUUACCAAUGGCCAGCCGGCGCCGCCGCCCAAUCAGAACCAACCACAGACCCAACCGCAAACGCCUGUCAAGUCGGAGAGCAACAAUAACACAGCGGAACUCAUCAGUUUUGAUUAACACUGCUAGUGACGUGCUAUAGGGCCCAAAGAUAACACUUGGAAGUUUUAUUCACUUGCUAAGUUUUAAUCAUAUAGGGAGAUAGGGACACAAUUGUAUAUUAGAAUGAGAAAUUAUUGCUAUCUCAUUUUAAAUGCUUAUGAAAGUAAAACUUCCAAGUGUGAGGACGGAGCAUUAUUGACAAUAUUGUCUAUCUGACUCUCAUUUUAUGUAGUCUGGCUGUCGAUAGUUGAAUCUAUAAAAUUCGAUUAGGCAGCAACAUAUACAUUCUAUGUUUUGACUUAUGUGGGGCCAAAAUAUACAUGUAAGUUGCAAAUCGGCAUGCGGCCUUCUCACUAUUUUUAUUGCCCUACCUGCAAGUUGAUUUUGGCCUCGUCAUAGCAGUAUAGUCUGUAGAUUAUAUUGUGCAAUAAAAUUGAUCGUAUAUGGGAGGCCGGAGGAGAUUAUUAAGUUGACUGGGCAUCAUCUGUACGUAACGUAAAAUUAAUACGCAAUAAUAAAAAGCACUUAGAAUUCACAGUAAGAUAUAGCGUUUCUGAAAUUAUAAUAUUGAUAGUGUAAUAAAUGUUUUUAUAUUAUAACUUACUAUAACGGUACGAUAUAUUCACGCUUUUCAUUUUCAUCAAUAUUACAAGUUUAUUAUAUUUACCGAUCAAACAUUGCGAUUAUGUUUUAUGAUUGAUAGGCAAAUUAUUAGUCUUCAUUUUAAAUUCACCUUUCAUUUGGUGUAGUUGUUUAAAAAAACCGUUCUUAUGGCCUUUGUAACCUAAUGUAAAUGUGUAACAUGUAAAAUAUUUGUCAUUUUGUAGGUUUAGAUGAUACAAGAAUUAUAUUUAGAAAUUGAAAAUAUUUUGUUUACCGAUUUUUUAUUAUUUGCUGAUAGAGGUUUUGUUAUUUAACUAAGUUAUGAUCUAUGAUGUAUAAAAACAAUAAAACAUUUAAAAUAUUUA